AUGCUGGCCCCACCGGUAAAUCUGCCUAAAUGGCUAGAAGAAAAUUCGCAUCUCCUCAAGCCCCCCAUCAACAACUAUUGCGUGUACAAUGAUGAUUUUACAGUCAUGAUCGUCGGCGGCCCCAAUGCCCGGACCGACUAUCACAUCAACCAGACCCCUGAGUGGUUCUACCAGUACAAGGGCGCCAUGAUGCUCAAGGUGGUCGACGACGGCGUCUUCAGGGACAUCAUCAUCCGCGAGGGCGACAUGUUCCUGCUGCCGGGGAACACGCCGCACAACCCGGUGAGGUUUGCCGACACCGUCGGGGUUGUGCUCGAGCAGCGUCGUCCCGAGGGCUCCGUCGACCGCAUGCGGUGGUACUGCCAGAACCCGGAUUGUACGCCCGGCCAGGUCGUACACGAGGCGUCCUUCCACUGCACCGAUCUCGGAACGCAGAUCAAGGCCGGGGUCGAGGCGUUCAAAUCUGACGACUCUCUGCGCAAGUGUGCCAAGUGUGGAGAGUUGGCCGACUGGUGCCCAAAGCCUGGUUCGAUCCCGGAUCCGAACAAGGCGUGA